UGGCAUAAUUGUAAUUUUUUCAAAAACCAAGGGCAAUAUGGUAAUUUACUAGGGGGUGGCGAAAAAAUGAAAAGGGUGACGAAUUAUAAGGAUUGGGUAAAAAAAUCCGUCCAAAAUUAGAGAUGGGCUCUCUUAGCCACUUAAACUUACUCAAUAAUGGGGGAAUCCCAUAACCAUGCAUAUUUCCUCAAUUCAUGGGUUCUUCAUCUUCAGAAACUAGGGUUUACUUUAACAUGUUCUCUUUGCCUAAAGGUGUACAAUGAGCCUAUGCUGUUGCCGUGUGAUCAUAUUUUCUGCAGUUUUUGCCUACCCAAUUCGUAUUUAUUUGGGUUACAGUGUCCUCUCUGCAAAUUUCCCUAUCUUGAACAAGGUUUGAGACAAGCUCCUUUUGUGGAAAAUGUGGUCAACAUCUACAAGAGUUUGAAACCUUCUUUCUCUAUGCACAUGCUUAAUUCAGAUAUUGAAGGAGGUUUUGUGCCAUGCUCAUUUCUAACAGAUGCAAAAUACUCUAAUCAAAUUGCUAAGGACCUAACUAAACCUCCUCAUGGCAACUCAACCAGUAAAACCCGUGGCAAUACAGAGCAACAUGAAACUGUUAAUGUGGACGUGAACCAGAUACAGUUGUUUCCGGACAGUCCAUCUUCCAGAUUUAGCAAGGGUAUCAACGGUCAUGAUCCAGGAAGCAGUGAUAUUGUAGGAAAAUGUUUAUCAAAUAAACUUGCUAAGCGAACUGCUGAUGAUUACGGAGCUUAUGGUUAUAAUUCCAAGAAGCAAAAGCAACUAGACCAAGGUUUGCCAGAGAUGAACCAGGGAAGUACAACAUCAGAAGCUGUGAAUCUAGAGAAUUCUGUUUGUGCAGGUUCUGACAUGACUAAUACCAGGAAUAAUACUGAUAACCAGCAAAUAUUCGAUUUCGAUUCUGCAACUUUGCUUAACUUCAAAUGUGCAUUUUGCCGGACAUGGAAGAUAACAGAGGGUAGUGGACCCAUGCAGCAUUUUGCUAAUGGUAGGCAAGUCUUUGCCCACGAGGCUAGUCAUUCUCAUGUCGUACACCUGCACCAUAGCUGCUUAGACUGGGCGCCUCAAAUUUUUUAUGUGAAUGACACUACGAUAAAAAAUUUGGAUAAAGAACUAGCAAGAGCAGGAAAACUCAAGUGCGCUCAAUGUGGGCUCAAAGGAGCAGCCCUAGGUUGCUAUGUGAAAUCCUGUCGAAAAAGUUAUCAUGCUCCUUGUGCAUUUGAAGUUAAAGAAUGUAGAUGGGAUGACGAUCAUUUUCUAAUGCUCUGUCCUGAUCAUGCUUCACAAAAGUUCCCUAGAGAGAAGUCCAAAAAGCCUGCUCCAAAAAAAUAUUCUUCAGCUCCAGGGCAUAAUGAACAGAAAAAUUCACGCGAUUUAGACUUUUGGGCAACAUCUCAUUCUGGAGCAAAAAAUUGGGUAUUCUGUGGAUCAGCCCUUUCUGCAGAUGAAAAGUAUAUGUUGGUUAAGUUUGCGAACUUGUGUGGAGCCACUGUGACAAAGUCUUGGAACCCAAAUGUUACUCAUGUGAUCGCCACAACUGAUGCAAAUGGUGCUUGCAGUCGGACAUUGAAAGUUCUUAUGGCUAUACUUAAUGGGAGAUGGAUACUUAAAACUGAUUGGAUUGAAGCAUGCAUGCAAUCAAAACUUCCCAUAAAUGAGGAACCUUACGAAAUUAGCCUUGAUAAUCACGGAUGUUGUAACGGCCCUAAAACUGGCAGGCUCAGGCUUCUGAAUAAUGAACAAAAGCUUUUCGACAACCUUAAAUUCUUCUUCUAUGGUGACUUCGUGUCGAGUUUCAAACGUGACCUUCAAAAUCUAGUAAUGACAGGAGGAGGUACCAUCCUUAAAGCCGAUGAACUACAACCAUCUAGUGGCAAACAAUGUUAUCAGCCGUCAACUUCAAUAAUCGUUUAUAAUGAUGAUUCAAUAGAAGUUAACGAGAUCGUGCAACGACAGGUAGAGGCAAAGAAAGUAGCUUUAGAAAGUGGUUCUCAAGUAAUUGCUUAUACAUGGAUCUUGGAUUCGAUCGCUUCAGGUUUAUUGAAGCCCUUCGUUCAAAAGAUGUGAAAAUCGAAGAGAUUCCUUGUUAUUGUAUGUACAUACUAUAUAUAGUAAGGUUUAGUAGACUUCUCUUUGAAAUGCUAGGAUAGUUAGUUAUGGAGGGCUAUGAGGAAUUUUACAACAUUAUUGCAAUAUGGUUUGCCCUCCCAUUUAGCCAUACUUAUGCUCUAUGUAUUUGCCCCUCCCAUUUACAACAAUAUUACAACAUUAUCAGUAAUUCAGUAAAAGAAUCAUGCGUUAGUCUAA